UGUAAACUAAACAAAUUGAACUUUACAUUAAAAUUUAUUGUUCAUUUAACGAGAGAACAUAUUCAUUUUGCGCAACUCUGCUAACUUUAGUAGGCUCGUUUCUACUUUGAGUUGUCGCACUAUAAUGUGCUUUCAACUCGAUCAGUUAUAUACAGGAUGGACAAAUAUAUGCGAAUAAAGAGAAGAACUGACGAUAUAGAAAAUAUACGAAAUAAAAGAUCAUUGAGUAUAUAGUUUCAGAAUCAUGAAUUUCGCAAACGCGCAUGGGCGUUAUUCUUGGUUACUAAGCGUACACAACCAAUCAAAGCUAACAUGCGCAGAAAGAACAAAAGCUCGUUAUUUGAUGAUUAUGGCCUUGCACGAGAUGAAGAAUAUAAUAAAAUAGAAUGUAAUUAAUGACAUACAUUAUUAUUAUUGAAUAACUUUAAUUAUGAAAAAGUGAAAGAUCUAGUUGAAAUAGACUAAAAAACAUUUUAUUCGCAAAUACUGUUUCAUUCCAUUCUAUCAUACCUUGCAUAUUACGUCACAUGUUUACAUGCUGUGCAUGUACAUGUGUACACAUACUGUAUGUACAACUACAUCGCAACAAAAUAAAGUACUCGUAUAGCUUUCUUCUGAGUACUCGAUAAUAGUGGUUAAUGUAUGAUUCUCUACGUUGAAAACAAUGUUGAGAAUUUUGAGGAAUUCGACAGUAUUAGGAUUUGAAAUUUUCUACAUCUAUUGAAACAUAAAACAAAAUGGGAAGUUACGUGAGCAGAAUUGCAUCAAUGUCAAACAAUGCAGUGCAUUCGGUAUACCGUGGACGUAAACGAAAGUGUAUCGAGGAGGAUGAUUUCGAUUCUGAAUCGGAUUAUAUCGAUCGCACACUUCAAACACCGAAAAAAAGAAAGUUGCUUACAACAGCACAGUACAUAUACAAAACAUUAUUUCAAGAAGAGAAAGGAAGUGAUAUAACUGUGCUUAUGUUAGGAAAAGCAUGGAGAUUACAUAAAGUUUAUAUCAGCCAGAGUCCAUAUUUUGCAAGUAUGUUUUCUGGAUCUUGGAGGGAAGCAAAUGAGACAGUUAUCAGUGUAGAAAUUGCUGAUCCUAACAUUACAUUAGAUUCUCUUUUGACUGUCUUCGGAUCCUUUUAUCAAGAUGAAGUUAGCUUGGAACCAAAAGAUGUAAUAUCAAUUUUGGCUACUUCCACAUUAUUUCAAUUACAAGGAUUAAUUGACCAAUGUACUGACAUUAUGGUAGAAACAACAAAUAUAAAAACAGUUGUUCCUUAUUAUAAUGCUGCUGUAUCUUAUGGUGUACCAGUUGUAAAAACUGCAGCAAAACGAUGGUUAGAAGUUAAUCUUUUGGGAUACGGGUGGUUACACCCAACUUUUUUAAAAGAAAUUACACCAGAUUUAAUGGCCGAGUUGAUCGCUAGUCCUGAUUUAAUAGCCAUGCAAACAGAAUUUUGCAUAUACAUGAUGUUACGUGUAUGGCUAUUUGUUCACAUACACAAUAAAGAAGAAACACUUCAGAUCGACGAGUAUUUUAGGAAUCAUAAAUGGACAAAACCUUUCCUAACAACAGAAGAAGGAAAAGAAUUUGCAGCUCCUUUUAAAGCAUUGAGGAUGAAGUAUCUUUUGUUACAUGACCAAGAUGUUAAAAUUUUAUAUAGUGAUAAUUUAAUACCACAUGAAUGGUUGCACAAUGCAUAUAAAGAACAGUGGUUACAUUUACUAAGAAUAGAUGCGAAUAAAGAUCGAGGACCAAAGCAGAUGAGUGAAGAAGAAUUUGCUCGAGAAUGUUUUCGUUGCGGAAGAUGUAUUGAAAAAGUUGGUGAACAUAUUUGGAGGUGGACAGCAUUUCAUUUUGGUUUAGAUUUGGUGGUAUGCUUGGAUAGUACCACUUUAAGAAUUAAGAGGAAUCACAGAUUAGACACGGACCACAUCAAAGCAAAUCACAGCAAGCACAACAUAAUUUUAAAGAUAAGUCUAAUUUCUCUGGAUGAACAACGUCAAGUGAAACUUAUUCAGAGUUCUGGUAUGCUUAGGUUAUCCCUUCAUAAAAAUGAAGAAAAACAGGUGAUGUCUUUGGAUAAACAACUUACUUAUCCUUUAUAUAUAUCAGUCAACAUGCAAGUGGUCACACCGUUUGUAUCAACCGAAGAAGAAAAAUCAGCCGACAUAGUCAUAUUCUCAGACACUUAGCACUCCGUUCAACAUUUUCUCUCGCUAAACUAAAUCCCAAUGAUAUACGCUUAUUUCAGAUAAUAACUCAAUUGUUCCAAUUAAUUGUUCACUAUGACUAAGCAUUCUACAAUUAACGCUCCUUAAUUCGGAUGACAGAAUUUUUAACGUAAAUUUCGUUACUCAUAAAACAUUUAUAUUUUGAAGAUAUCUAUUUCUAAUUAAAACUUUUAUAAAGUCAAUAGUUUCUAGUCGACCAAACGGAAUCGUAAUAUUAUCACGAUAAGGGAAAUUUUGUUUUACAGUAGAGUCUCGUUAUAUGGUCUUCAACGAAAUUCUAGGUACAGGAAAAAUUAUGAAAAAGGCCAUAUAAAUGGAACUUCUUCGUAAAUCUGAAAUUAUUAAAUUUUUUAUUUUAUAUAUUUGAUCAUUUUGCCAUAUAGCGAGAUUGUACUGUAUUAAUACUCGCUGCAUACUGUAACUUGCAGGUUCAUUUUGUAUAACAUAAAAUCACAUUAGUUUUUUACACGAUUAUAUUAAUGUUAUUAAACAGAAAUUUUGUUUAUAUUUACAGAAAUUUUAAAUCCACAAGAAAAAUUAAAUUCAGUGUUAGAUUAUUUACAGUUGAACAUUAAACUUUUAAAAAAUAGAGUGUCAUAUACAGCAUCACAGUAUUAAAGCCAUUUCAUUUCACACUACUGUUUACGCAUUUAUACAUUUAUAUCAUAAUAAUGACACUAAUAACAAACUAGAAAAAUGAGAGUGUAUUGUUGAAUUCAGAGACACGCUGAUCGAGUGGUUUUGUGUCUUCCAGCCAGUCAUCGAAACGUCGACCUUCGUGCCUUGUGAAUAUUAAUCAGGAAACAAAAAAUAUUACAUGGAAACAAAUGCAGAUAUUUUUUUUACUGUUAAACAGUAGAAAUUUUUAUACAGAACUUUUAAUUUUAGAAAUGUCUAUUACAUAAUAAUAAUCGUUUCAAUUGAAACGAUCGUGUUAUUAACGUUCCUUUGAUUCUAUAAUCAAUCUAUUUUAUAUGGUGCUAUUGUCUAAAACGCGUGAAAUUUUAUGAUUUACUUAUUAUGUAGAGAUUAUACAUAAGAAGCUACUUAUAAGGGAAGUAUGUAACAGAAAGUAUAACUUUCGGAACAUCGAUAUAGUUCAAAUUUAACAUAAUUAUAAGGGUCCUAAAAGUAAUGGGUUGAUAGUUAGUGUAUGAAUUUUCCCUUCAUUUUGGGAAUAAAAUUGCACACUAAAAUUAUGCAGACCCAUUACUUUCCGUGUCUUCUGUAAUUGUAUUAAAUUUAGACUAAAUUGAUGUUUCAAAGGUAGUGCAUUCCCCUUUUUAUCUUAGUUAUUAAGAUUUUUCUCCAAUUAAUAUGUGCUGCCAGCUUUACAUUAACUACCUAUCCAAGAAAUGUGUGUUCUGCAUAGUAUUUGUGGCAUUUAUAAAUCCAUUUCUUACCUUUGUUAUUUUGCAAUCAUUAUUAAGUAUCAUUUAUCAUGAACGCAUUAUUUUAUAUUAUUGUGUACAUCCUGGAACACAUUACUAAUGAACGCAUCACGCGCAUAAUCAUUUCCGUUGUACUGAAUUAAUUAUAGAUGAAGGUUAUAUGAAUCACUGAUAUAUCUAAAAAAAAACAGCAUUUAUUUAUGUUCACUAACAUCAAAAUCAUUAAAUAACAAACUAAAUUGUAGUAUAGCUUUGAUAUAACAUUGAGGGAACAAUGUACUUUACCUGUAUAAUUAUAAUAUCUAUAGGAUCAAUCUAAAUUGAAAUCUUUUUCUUUUGACAUUAUUUUAUUUAAAUUACUAUCUAGACGACGACAAAUCAAUAUUAUCAGAAUUUCAUAAAAAAUAAUUGAGAGUCCCUAAUGUAUAUGGAGUUCCAUUUUGAUUUUUUUUCUGUUUGAUUUUUUGUAACCAUUCAACACUUUAUUGGCAGAAUAUUCUCUGUACAUAGUGAUCGAUGUGUACAAUGCAAUAUUAACAUUAGAUGACAAUAAAUAUAAUAAAACAGAACAAAUUUGAAGUAAUCUCUUGAUACCUGGGAUAAAUUGUCAAUUAAAUGCAAUUAUAUGUCGAUGACAUUCUUUGUUCUUUUCUCGAUAUGCUUGAACAGGGAGGGCAGUGAUGCCAGUAGUUUUAUUCAAUUAAAAUGUGACGGAUGAUUAUGGACGAAUGAUAUGUACGAAGCGGAUUUCACUUCUUACAAAUUUGAAACGGGUACACGCAGAAGUAGUUUCGUUACAUUCCACUUCGUCUUGGGGGCGCAACAUUCUUUAACCAAGUUGCACGUUAGAAGGAAGAAGAGAUCGAAAAUGUAUCGGUAUUGUUUUUCUUUAUUCUUCAGGCGUCAUAGUUUCUAUGAUCAUUAUAAAUUAUAAUUACAUUUAUUUGGAAGCAUAUCAACGAAAAAAUAUUUCGAUGGUACCUGCCUAUAGAUCAAGGAUCUGUCGAUAAUCCAAUGCGUCGAGUUAAAUCGAAGAAAGCCCGAGAAAAUGAGGUUGGCUCGAAUCUCGAAUCGAAUCAAAACAAAUGUUGAGAAUCAAAUUUACAAAUUUUCGAAUUUGGAAGACAACUGGAUAUCGUUAUUUUUGAAUAUCGAAUUGAACAUUGCGAGAAUUCGUUACAACCCAUUCGAUUUUCUCAUAUUUCAUUCGAAAUAGUCGAAUUUCAAUCUAUUCGACUUUACUUAACCCGACUUUAACUUGAAACAUCCAUGCUAUAGACAAAGAAAUUCAAUAUAGGCAUAUUUGAAGUUAGUAGAAAUGUGCGGGUAAUCGGAAUAAUGGGUUCGGAUUGAAUCGGAAAAUGUCGGACAAGAUCGGAAGUCCGAAAGUAUUAAGCUCUCAGAUUUCAAACCGAUGAAUCAAAUUACACGCACAUCCCUAAUUAUAAGAAUUAUAUACGGUAAAAAUUGCGACACAUAGAACUUUUAACAGAACGUGUACCGAAAGGAUGCGAAUCAGUAAUUUCAGAGAUUACAAACUUCGCGUGCUCCCCCGCAGUUAAAACAGAAAUGGAUUUUAGAUGGCCAAAUUAUCUCAAGUUUAUGUUGAUAUUAAUCAUCUUGAUCCAUUACUCUUCCACUCCAUACGAUGUCAAAACGUUUACCAUCGUUCCAUCAUGCAUUUUAUCACGAUCAAAUAAUAAUAACAAUAAAAAUAUUAACAAUGAUGACAAUAAUAAUUAUGUUGAUUCAGUAACAUUAGUUGUAGUAACAUCUGAGUAAUCGUACUUCUGAUAGCAGGACUUACAUAUAGAUUGUGCGUUCCGUGAGAGGGUUAAAGUUGACACACAUGAGAGAGAGUAAUAAUCGUGGUCGUUUCCUCUCUGUUUAAUACAGGCAUAUCCAAAGUUGUCUCUCCUAAGCAUCCUCUCUAUCAUUCGUCGUUAUCAAUAUAUGAAGAUUUGACUACAUCUUUUAAAGGAGGCUUAUGGCAGCCUCCUGAACAUUUCUCUAAUCACAUGUGCUUACUGUACACAUUGUACACACAUGCGUUCUGUGCGCGAAAACAGUUUGAACAGGAAACCGACGCGCUUUUAGAGGGGCGCCAUGAUUGAAUAGGCGUGGCCUAAUACGCGAGUAGGUGGGGGGACACGCAUGCGUGCGGUGCCCUUACCCUUUCCACAGCCUCUUUCUCCCCACCAUUUGUGAUGUGUGGGUACAGGAGAAUCACCACUGAAUUAUCUCUAUCCUUUGGUGUCAACUUCAACUCUUUC